GUGUAGUAUUCAUUUUUGGCUGUGAGGUACCGACUAGCGAAUAAAUAUGCCUUAAUAAGACCUUUCUUGGGAGCUUUUCCUACCCACAUUAUCAAAUUUCUGCAAUUUCUUUAUAUUCUCACCUACGUAAUUUUUUUAAAAGCAGGAUUAGAGCUGGAGGAGUCGACACUAAAAGUAAUGCUACCAAAGGAAGUAGAGAAGCCGCCUGUCCAGUGCAACUACACAGUGGAUCACAGCACAGGAUUAAAGCAGGAGAGCUCGACACUAAUAGCAACACCAUCAAAAGAAGCAGAGCAGCCACCUGUCCAGUGCAAAUACACAGUGGGCCACAAUAUCGGAAAAAUUAAAGCAGGAGAGGUCGACUCUAAUAGCAACACCACCAAAGGAAGCAGAGCAGCCGCCUGUCCAGUGCAACUACACUGUGGAUCACAAUAUCGGAUUAACGCAGGAGAGGUCAACACUAAUAGCAACGCCACCAAAGGAAACAGAGCAGCCGCCUAUCCAGUGCAACUACACAGCGGACCUCAAUAUCGGUAA